UGAAACGUAUUAAACGUAAUUAAAACAAAAUUGACAGAUUGUUGACUAAACUUGUUACUGGUGAAAUCCCAGAACCCGAUUAAAAAUAAAAAAAAUAUGUGUUUUAUUCCCCGCACUUUACUUCUAUAGUUGUCAACAAUCUACAAAACACUUCUGCCUCAAAUCCCCUUUUAAAAUCGAAAUAAACAAUAAAAAUUACUGUGUCGUAAUGUUUUGAAUGCCCUUUUUUGACCCUUACCGACGAUAGUAUUUUUGCAAUGUUAUUAAUCACAGACUAUAUUGUCUCAAGAAUUCGGUUAAACUCAUGGUGUUUCAGACGAUUCUCGACACAACCAAAUGUUGGAGAGACGGAUGUUACAUUUUCUAAUGGGACCACUCUAAAGCUAUCAACAGGCCAGUAUGCCAGGUUUGCAGAUGGGGCCUGUGUGGCCACCCUGGGCAACACAUCUAUCCUCUCCACAGUGGUCUCUAAGAGUAAACCCAGCAUAUCCUCGUUCCUGCCCCUUGUAGUAGACUACAGACAGAAGGCGGCGGCCGCAGGACGGAUACCUACAAACUUUCUGAGAAGGGAGUUAGGUCCAACAGAACGUGAAAUCCUGACCUCCCGUCUCAUAGACCGCUCACUCCGGCCUCUCUUUCCCGCCAACUACUGCUAUGACACGCACAUUGCUUGCAACAUGCUGGCUGUGGACGCCACCAACCCUCCGGAGACGAUAGCUAUUAAUGCUGCCAGCGCUGCGCUUGCGCUGUCUGAUGUGCCCUGGUCUGGACCUGUUGGUGCUGUGAGAAUAGGCCAAAUCGAUAAUGAAGUGAUUAUCAAUCCGACUCGGAAGGAUCUGGAGAAGUCUAUCCUGAACCUGGUCGUCACGGCAACGAACCGCCACCUCGUCGUGAUGCUGGAGGGCCACGCGCAGGACAUCCUGCAGCAGGACCUGCUCCGAGCCAUCAAAAUAGGAACAAGAGAAGCACAGCUGAUAGUGCGAGGUAUAGAGCGACUCCAGAGCGACUGGGGGAAGAUGAAGCGGAAGUACGAGGAGAAAGAGCCUCUGCCGCAGAUGGUGGUGGACUCCAUCAGCAGCAUGACCACCAUGAAGAUCAGGGAGAUCCUCAGUGACUACAAUCACGACAAGACAUCUCGAGACAACGAGAUCUCGAACCUGCGCCAGAUGGUCCUCAACCAGUACCGGGACUCGGAGUUCGAGCUCGGUCGCAUCCAGGACUGCUUCAACGAGAACCUUCGCCAGAUAUUCCGGGACAUGAUCCUGGAUACAGAAGUGAGGUGUGACGGAAGGAAACUUGAUGAUAUAAGGGAUAUUAAUUGUAAGGUAUCGCUCUAUACUCCCCUGCACGGCAGCGCGCUGUUCCAGAGAGGGCAGACACAAGUGCUCUGUACCGUCGCCUUCGACUCACCGGAGAGCGCGCUCAAGAUGGACACGCUGUCCAUGUUGACUAGUGGCAUAAAGGAGAAGAAGUUCUUCCUGCACUACGAGUUCCCCCCGUACGCGACGGGCGAGGUGGGCCGCGCGGGCGGGCCGGGGCGGCGCGAGGCGGGCCACGGCGCGCUGGCCGAGCGCGGCCUGCUGCCCGUCGUGCCCGACAGCCCCUACACUGUCAGGCUCACCGCCGAAGUGCUCGAGUCCAACGGCUCCAGUUCGAUGGCGUCCAUCUGCGGCGGGUCCCUGGCGCUGCUGGACGCGGGCGUGUCGCUGUCGGCGGCGGCGGCGGGCGUGGCCGUGGGGCUGGUGUCGCGGCCCGACGCGCACGGGAACAUCGCCGACUACAGGAUACUCACUGAUUUGUUAGGUAUAGAAGACUACAUGGGUGACAUGGACUUUAAAGUCGCUGGUACCAAGAAAGGUAUAACGGCGUUACAAGCCGACAUCAAGGUGUCAGGACUGCCGCUCAAGAUCGUCAUGGAGUCCAUUCAGAAGGCCACUGACGCGAAAUCCAAGAUAAUCGAUAUUAUGAACCGGUGUAUCGAUAAACCGAGAACUGCUCACCAUGAGAACAGGCCUCUCAUCGAGGAGAUGGAGGUGGAAGCCCACAAGCGGACCAAGCUCCUCGGCCCGGGGGGCAGCAACCUCAAGAGACUGUACGUCGAGAAUGGGGUCCAGGUGACCCCAAUAGACGAUCUCAAGUACAGCGUGUUCGCGCCUUCCCAAGCGGCCAUGGAUGAAGCUAAGAUCCGCAUCGCGGAGUGGCUCACAGCCGAAAGGACCCCUGAGCUCGAGUUCGGUGCGAUAUACAAGGCCAGGGUCGUGGAGAUCAAGGACAGCGGCGUCCUCGUCACCUUGUACCCAGGAAUGGCGCCCGCGUUGGUGCAUAACACACAGCUCGACCAUAGAAAGAUCUUCCUGUCGCAGAUCAUGCACCCGUCCGCGCUGGGCCUGACGGUGGGCUCUGAGAUCCAGGUGAAGUACUUCGGGCGCGACCCCGUGUCGGGGCAGGCGCGACUGUCCCGGAAGGUGCUCACGUCACCGCCCCCGGGCAUCGUCAGGAAACUCGAGAAGACCUAAAACUGUGAUACUUAGGUUAGAACUACUUAGAAACAACUGUUUGAAAAACGUUGCAGGAAUCCUUCAGUCAACUGCUAUAUUUAGUACGCCACUUUUAAAUGUCGGCCCCAGGUGCCAUAGUGUCUUUGUCAACGACAGAUAGACAUGUUUAUAACGUAACUUGUUUAAGUGUCGCUUGCUAAUACAGCUGUUAUGUAUUCGAACGACACUUUGAUAAUUAUAAUCGUUGUCUUUCCACUUGGUAGUGACGAAGACAGUAUGUCACCGGAGUGACUUUUAUUGGUGUCGUUAUUAAAUAUGGGUGUUAAAAAGAUUGUUUUAAAUCUUUUUGGGUAUUUUUGAAAUUCUUUUGUUUUCAUUUGAAAAUGCUUUAGCUGCAGGAUGGUUUUCCGAUAGGUAAUUGUCGUUUGGAGUCCAAUGCGAAACUUUAUUUUAUUUGCAGUAUAAAACAAAAUAACCUUAUAAUUAUAUUUAAAGUUGCUGCUAAUUGUUUUAAAUAUUGUAUGGUGAGACGCCAAAUGAUAAAAGUAUUGCCUACAAGUAACUUGUUUGAAAAACUGUCCUUGCGCUAUGGCCACCGUUAAAACUUAUAUUGACUAUGACAUCCCACAAUAAAAAUGCAACUUCAUAAACAUGACUGAAAUAUCACAAGAUCAUAAAAUGGUCACAAGAAGCUUUACGUAAAUAACAAAUUUGUCGUAAUUGGCAAGAGGAAAUGAAUACUAAAGCUUAUCAGAUAAGGAACAAUUUUGCUUGUUUGCUAUUAGAUUUAUAAGUCCCUUAAAUUCUGCAAGUUGUUCAGUUGAAAUGUGCGACAGUGAAUGUAUUGGGUUUGAGGCAGUGUCUCGUUGUAAACUAUUUUGUAAAUGAAUAACUUAUGAAGAAAAAUCGCUUUUGUCCAGUAAAUAAAUUUACAGUAUUACAGCUAGCUUUGCAGUGCUAGAUAAAACUGUAUAUGUAUGAUUAAUUUUGUUAAUUUAGUAUAAUAAUGUUGACUGCCAAAGUGUAAAUAAGUAGCAAUAAAUUCCAAUGAUAAAUGCAA